AUUCUAGCUGGUUAUAUGUAUAUUGAGUACUUUGCUGCUAUCAAAUUGUGAAAUUUGUCAAAUAUUUAUGAAUCUACAAUCUGGGCGUGAUAAAUCAAUGAAAAAGAGGAGGUUCGGAAGAAAAAUCUCUUAUGCCGGAAAACCAUUUUCCGUGUUUUCAUCUUUGGUCUACCGAGCGCGUUUUCCGUCUCCUCUCUCACUUGGGAAGAAAAAGACCGCACAAAACCAACUUCAAGCCUAUUAAUAAUUCUAGUCCUAUUCCUAUUCUUAUUCCUAUUCCGUCAAGGAAACCCAAAUUCCUCUCUAUAUAUUAAUCUCAUGCCUCACAAACACAAACUUUGCCCUUCAUUGCAGGUUUGCAGCAAACUGUUGGAAAGCAGAAUGAGUUUUCAAGAUACAAAUACUCGCAAUAAUCACAGAAUCACAACAAUGGUGUUCAUCGCAUCCCCCAACCACAAAACCCUAACCCUAAACCUAAACCCAAACACCACCACCCUCCAAGCUCUGAAAUUCCAAAUUGAACAAAUUUCCAACGUACCCAUCUCUCACCAGCGCCUAUUCAUCUCCCAAAGCCUCCAAUUGUUGACCCAAAGAGGCUCCACCCUCCUCGCCGACCUUGGCAUCAAACCCUACUCUACCCUAACCCUCCACGUCCCCUUCUUCGGUGGCACUCUACCCCACAAAAAUCCCAAACCCCGCCUUGAUUUCCUCAAUUCCAAGCCUCCUGAGGGUUAUGUCGCUGGGCUUGGCCGUGGUGCUUCUGGGUUCACCACAAGGUCCGACAUUGGGCCUGCCCGAUUUGCCCUCGAGCUGCCCGAUAGGGCAAUUGGGCAGCUUGAGGAAGCAGGGGAGGAAAAAGGGUACGAUGAGAAUCAGCAAUUUGAUGAUUUUGAAGGCAACGAUGUUGGGUUGUUGGCACCAGAUGCCAAACUGGAUGAAGAUGAUGAGAAGGCUGAUGCAAUGUGGAAAGCAGUUGAUGAGAGAAUGGACUCCAGGAGAAAGGACAGGAGAGAGGCUCUGUUGAGAGAAGAGAUUGAAAAGUACAGAGCUUCCAAUCCCAAGAUUACAGAGCAGUUUGCAAGUUUGAAGAGGAAUUUGCACACAUUGUCUGCCCAAGAAUGGGAGAGUAUACCUGAAAUUGAGGAUUAUUCAAUGAGAAACAAGAAGAGGAGGUUUGAGAGCUUUGUGCCGGUGCCGGAUACCCUUUUGGAGAAGGCAACGCAGGAGAAAGAGCUUGUUACUGCAAUAGAUCCCACUAGUACAGAUUUGACUGCCGUGAGGCAGGGCAGAGAUAUAGUGUUGUCUUUGAAAUUGGAUAGGAUUUCGGAUUCUGUCUCAGGGUUGACAGUUGUUGACCCAAAAGGGUAUCUUACUGAUCUUAAAAGUAUGAGCAUCACAAGUAAUACAGACGUUCAUGAUAAAAACAAGGCUAGAUUGUUGAUGACGAGUUUAAUGAAGUCAAAUCCUAAGAACCCACGUGUAUGGAUUUCGGCAGCAAGGUUUGAGGAAGUGGCAGGAAAGAUGAAGGCAGCCAGGAAAUUGAUUCAGCAAGGGUGUGAUGAGUGUCCUAAGAGUGAGGAUGUGUGGUUGGAGGCUUGUAGGCUUGCUAGCCCCAAAGAUGCUAAGGCUGUUAUUACUAAGGGAGUUAAAUUUAUUCCCAAUUCAGUCAACUUGUGGAUGGAGGCUGCGAAAUUGGAGCGUGAUGAUUUGAACAAGAGCAGGGUCUUGAGGAAAGGGUUGGAACACAUUCCUGAUUCUGUUAGGCUGUGGAAGGCGGUCGUGGAUCUAGCAAAUGAGGAGGAUGCUAGAAGUUUGCUCAAAAGGGCUGUGGAGUGUUGUCCAUUGCACAUUGAAUUCUGGCUUGCACUCACAAGAUUGGAAACUUAUGAGAACGCCAAGAAGGUCCUCAAUAAGGCAAGGGAGAAUCUAUCGGAGGAGCCUGCAAUUUGGAUCACGGCAGCAAAGUUGGAAGAAGCUAAUGGGAAUGUGUCCAUGGUUGGGAAGAUUAUUGAAAGAGGUAUAAGGGCUUUGCAAAAAACAGCGGUUAUUAUUGAUAGAGAAGCAUGGAUGAAAGAGGCUGAAGCUGCUGAACGUGCAGGGUCUAUAAUGACUUGCCAAGCUAUCAUUCGGAGUGCAAUUGGGAUUGGUGUGGAGGAGGAAGAUAGGAAAAGGACAUGGGUUUCUGAUGCAGAGGACUUCAUGAAAAAAGGUUCCAUUGAAACAGCCCGAGCAAUUUAUGCGCAUGCACUUACUGUCUUUUUAACCAAGAAGAGCAUAUGGAGGAAAGCGUCUCAGCUUGAAAAGAGCCAUGGUACUAGGGAAUCUCUUGUUGCUUUGCUUCGUAAAGCGGUGACAUAUUGCCCACAGGCUGAAAACUUGUGGCUUUUUGGUGCUAAGGAGAAGUGGCUUUCAGGGGAUGUGCCUGCUGCCCGUGCAAUCCUCCAAGAAGCUUAUGCUGCCAUUCCCAACUCUCAAGAAAUUUGGCUUGCUGCGUUUAAACUUGAGUUUGAGAAUCACGAAUCCGAGAGAGCUAAGAUGCUUCUUGCCAAAGCCCGAGAAAGGGGAGGUAACGAAAGAGUAUGGAUGAAAUCUGCAAUUGUUGAGAGGGAAUUAGGGAACAUUGAUGAGGAGAGGAAGUUUCUUGUUGAAGGCUUGAAGUGCUUCCCUUCAUUCUUUAAAUUGUGGUUAAUGCUUGGACAGCUAGAGGAACGGCUUGAUCAUUUGGAAAAAGCCAAAAAGGUCUAUCACUCAGGUCUGAAGCACUGCCCCAAUUCUCUACAACUCUGGCUUUCUCUCGCUAGUCUACAGGAGAAAAUGAUUGGGCUGAGUAAAGCUCGUGCAGUUCUCACAAUUGCCAGGAAGAAGAACCCUCAGAACCCUGAACUGUGGCUUGCUUCUGUUCGAGCUGAAUUGAGGCAUGGCAAGAAGAAGGAAUCUGAUAUUUUGAUGGCAAAGGCUUUGCAGGAGUGUCCCAAUAGUGGUAUCUUGUGGGCAGCAGCUCUCGAGAUGGUAGCUCGUCCCCAACGGAAGGCAAAGAGUAAAGAUGCCCUUGAGAAAUGUCAUCAUGAUCCCCAUGUUGUUGCUGCUGUGGCCAAGUUAUUAUGGCAUGACAGGAAGUUGGACAAAGCUAGGAAUUGGCUCAACAUGGCAGUAAUGCUUGCCCCCGAUAUUGGGGAUUUUUGGGCUUUAUACUACAAAUUUGAACUUCAGCAUGGUACUGAGGAGAACCAAAAGGAUGUAUUGAACAGAUGCAUUGCUGCAGGGCCAAAGCAUGGAGAAAAAUGGCAACCUAUUUCAAAGGCCGUGGAGAACUCCCAUCAACCAAUUGAAGCUAUCUUGAAGAAAGUAGUGGCGGCAGCGGAAAAUAAUAAACAGUAGUUCUGCUUAUUAUAGAGAGGGUGGAAAAACAGAAACGUGACAGUGGAUGCAUAUGCAGUUACGCUUGAUCGAUUUGUUUAGCAGAAUUCGCAAACGACUUGGCAAUAGUUGCGAACAUGGAAGUCACCAUGCUGUCAUAGGGAAGUUGGAUUAAUCUGCCUUGGGAUACAUGAUAUUAGUUGGAUCAAUUAGUUUCCUUCUUUCUUAUCCUAAAUUUUCCUGUUAAUUUAUUACCUCCAGGCAAUGAGGCAGUCAGAGUUAUGAUCAA